UGAAUCAACUCUUUUAAUGCUAACAAUACCAUUAUCCAUCAACUCCUACCCAAAUCCAUCUCUCUAGCUCUACCUUUCCAUCCAAAUCCAUCUUCCCAAACACAAAAUAGUGAAAACAAACGCGACCAGCACCAAUAACAAUGUUGGUCCUGUCCAAACCAACAAUUGAGCAGUACUCUGAUAUCAGAAACUGCAUACCCUCCACAUUAUGCUCCGGAAUUCCUCUGAUAGACCUCUCAAAACCCGACUCCGGGCAUCUCAUAGUCAAGGCCUGCGAAGAGUUUGGAUUCUUUAAGGUCGUCAAUCAUGGGGUCCCAAUGGAGUUCAUCACCAACUUGGAAGCUAAAGCUGUCAGAUUCUUCUCUUUACCUCUCUCAGAGAAAGAAAAAGCAGGGCCUCCUACUCCACUGGGGUAUGGCAACAAGAGUAUUGGACUCAACGGUGAUAUUGGCUGGGUGGAAUACCUUCUUUUCACAACCAAUCCAGAUUCAAGUUCUCAGUCAUUUCUCUCUGUUUUUGGAGAAAACCAAGAAAAGUUUCGCUCGGCUUUGAAUGACUAUGUAUCAGCUGUGAGGAAAAUGGGCUGCGAAAUUCUAGAACAGAUGGCUGAUGGAUUGAAGCUCCAACCAAGAAAUGUGUUCAGUAAGCUUUUGAUGGAUAAACAGAGUGACUCUGUUUUCAGGCUAAAUCAUUACCCUCCAUGCCCAGAGCUGCAGGCCUUGAAUGAUACCAAUAUGAUUGGUUUUGGAGAGCACACCGACCCACAAAUCAUUUCUGUGCUGAGAUCUAAUAACACAUCUGGCCUCCAAAUAUCUUUAAGAGAUGGGAGUUGGAUUUCAGUCCCACCUGAUCAGGACUCAUUUUUCAUCAAUGUUGGGGAUUCUCUACAGGUUAUGACUAAUGGGAGGUUCCAAAGUGUAAGACACAGGGUUUUGGCAAACAGCAUGAAAUCUAGAGUUUCAAUGAUAUAUUUUGGUGGACCACCUUUGAGUGAGAAAAUAGCUCCAUUACCCUCACUCAUGAAAGGAGAAAGAAGCUUAUACAAAGAGUUUACAUGGUUUGAGUACAAAAAAACUGCUUUCAAUUCAAGAUUGGCAGAUAACAGGCUUGUGAACUUUGAGAGAAUCAUAGCCUCAUAAUGUAACAAACAUGAUUGUCACCUUUUAGGAGAAAUGGUGUUUCAAAUAUAUUAAGAUAUAUAUCAUAUUUCCCAUAGAUGUAAUACUCUUUUUUUUUUUUUUUUACCUUUUGUCUUGUUUUCCUCUACAAACUUCAUGUAACUUCCUUUGUUGUUAAUAAUACAAGCUUACUAUCAUUAUCUUA